AUGUCGCUCCUCUCUCAGUCAACCGAACAAGACAACGCUCAGGAAGAGCUAACAUCAGUAUGCCACACGGCUCCACCCACGCCAAGACAGUUUUUCUUUGGCCGCGGUGGUCACGAGACUCCUGCUCUUGGCUCGACUUCGACGCACGAUGAUCAAAGCAGGGUGGACUCGCUCCCCUCUUCAUCGUCCGGAGGCUCUCUCUCUAGCAAGCUCGAGAGACAAUCAGCUUUCAGGCUGGUGGCUGAAGCCCUUUUCUGGAGGGUCAAACGCCAACGUCUCUUUGCCGAGAACGGUCUUGUCCCCAACGGCGUGGCGAUCCGUGCGGGAAAGGGCGAUUACGUCCAUUUCCCCCGCGACGACCCGCGCCUGGAGCCGUGGGUUGUUGCCCUUCAGACUCUCAACUGCGAAGCCGCGUUCACAUUGACUUCGAGCGUCGCAGCUGGUAUCACCGCGAGUCUGCCUCCCGGUACUUUUGAGGUCCAACUCACUCAUGAGGACCGCAUUCAAGUGGUCGAAAGCAUGCAGGCGCUGUCAAAGGCCCGCCGAGCCCAAGGCGCGUGCUUCGUCCGUACGCAAGGAUGCCUGAUCGUCUGGGCUGAUGACGUCAAGCACCUCAUCGAUGCUGGCAACAGUCUCGAAGAGAAGAUGAUCAAUUACAUCUGGGCGCACACCAAGCAAAAUAACGCCGCAUCCAGCAUGUCAAUGUCGAGUCUGCCGACAUCCAAGUCGACAUCGUCAACCAACUCCAACACAUCGAGCGCUUCCAGUCUCAAAGGAGUGAGCUCCAAGGAUGUAGCUUCGGACGAGGCGGACUCGCAACUUUCUUCGGUCGGAGGCCGGGUUCGUAGAUUUUUCAGCAAAAGCGCAAAAAGUGGAUCGAAUGAUGCCCGGGACGACGAAGGCGAGAAAGGCGAGAAGGACGAAGCCGUUUCGGCCGAAGACCUUGUGCAUCGACUCGAGUCCGGCGAGCCGUGUCUGGAAAAGGGUCGGAGCAUCAACAUGUUUGCUCCUCUUUACACGGGAUUGGGGCUGGGUCUCAACGUUGCUCUGAUGUGCCUCUUCACCAGACGCCUGCUCAUUGAGUCUCUCUUGGACGGGCAAUGGAUGCGGAUGGCGCUGUGCGCCACCAUCCCUGUCUUCAUGCUGAUCAUCCAGUUCAUGUGCGACAACGUCAUUGGAGUCAUCGCCCAGAUCUUUCUGCCCAUCUCGCAGCUCAACAGGAACAGCCUCUACUACAGCGCCAAACGUAGUGCUCGACUACCGGCAGGAUACACCCUUCCGCACUUUACAAUCGCGAUGCCCGUCUACAAGGAAGGUCUCGAAUCUGUCCUGGCUCCUACCAUCGAAAGUGUCCAAAAGGCAAUCGCCACCUACGAGCUCCAAGGUGGAACCGCCAACAUCUUGGUUUCCGAGGACGGAAUGCAGCUGCUCACUCCUGAGCAGCAGGAAGUGCGUCGAGACUAUUACGAGCGCCACAACGUGGCCUGGGUGGCCAGGCCAGGACAUGGAAAGGACGGCUACAUUCGCAAGGGCCGAUUCAAAAAGGCGUCUAACCUCAACUUUUCGUGGGACCUUUCCUUGCGGGUAGAAGAAAUCAUGGACGAACUACGCCCCGAGGCCAUGGCUGCUCAAGAGCGCACUUCCGCUACCUGGUACGAAGACGACGAGAAGGCCUUGUACGAUGAAGCGUUCGAACGCGCCAUCACCGAGUCUAGCGGCCGCGCCUGGGCUUCCGGUGACAUUCGAAUCGGGUCCUACAUUCUCCUCAUCGACAGUGACACGAGGGUACCUGCUGACUGCUUCAUGGACGCUGCUUGCGAGCUCGAACGUUCGCCCGAGAUUGGAGCACUGCAGCAUUGCUCUGGUGUCAUGUACGUCGCAGACCACUACUUCGAGCGCAUGAUCGGCUUCUUCACCAAGAUCGUCAACCUCAGCAUCUCGUGGUGCGUGUCCAACGGCACCAUCGCACCGCUGGUCGGACACAACGCCUUCCUCCGAUGGCAGGCCGUUCAAGAGGUCAUCUAUACUGAUGUCGAUGGCGAGAGGUGCAUCUGGUCUCAUCAACACGUCUCAGAGGACUUUGACAUGGCGUUGCGUCUGCUUAUGAAAGGUUUCCUCGUCCGCUGGGCUACCUAUUCGAACGAAGGGUUUAUGGAAGGCGUCUCGCUAACUGCAGACGACGAGGUCAACCGCUGGCAGAAGUACGCUUUCGGCUGUUCGGAGCUGGUAUUCAACAACCUUCGUCAUUGGCCGACUCGAGGACCGCUCUCGCCCCUCUUCCGCAAAUUCAUCUGGUCAAACUGUCCAACGUCGUACAAGCUGAACGCUUGCUCCUACAUCUUCUCCUACUGGGCCAUCGCGGCAGGUACGAUCUUGACCAUCAGCCUUUUCUUCGUGCAGGGAUUCUUCUGGCCCUGGCUUGAUCAGGUCUUCAUGCCACCAUUCCAAGUCUGCAUCACCGCUCUCUUCAUCUUCGCCCUCGGAGGAACGGUGGGACAAGUCGCCUUCCGAGCACGCUCCGGUAAGGCUUCGCUACUUGGCGCCGCGGUCGAGCAGAUCAAGUGGCUUCCUGCCCUGCUGCUGUUCUUUUCGGGCUUGUCAUAUCAUGUCAUGCUCGCUUUGGCAGCUCAUCCAUUCGGCUACAAUAUGACGUGGUCCGCGACCGUCAAGGAUGUCGAAGAGUCGAAUUUUUGGAAGGAGAUUCCGUCCAUCAUCCGCAGAUUCUGGCACUGCUAUCUGGUCAUGUUCCUCUUUGCCGCUGCCAUGAUCAUUUUCAGCACGCCUCUGAUCCCUCUCGAGUGGCGCAUUGAAGGCUUCACCAUCUUCUGGCCCGGCUCGGCGCUGAUCGCGGCUCACAUUCUAUAUCCCCUCGCACUCAACCCAUGGCUGAUGCGAUUCGAGUUUUGA